CCGGAGUUGGGAUCGUCAGUUUUCAUUGGCGAGCUCGUUCUUAGAUGAGGAAAACCCGGUAAGGACAGACACCAGCGUGAGUGAGUGUUGAUAAUUUCAUUUGUUGUCGAGUAGCCAUAGGCUGAGGAGACUUUAAGUCUAGAACAGACGACGGCUGAUUCAAAUUCUCCAUGUUAAUUAGUUUUUUUUCGUAGUUGAGUGUAACAAAAGACGGGAAACCUGAGAUUUAAAAUGUGGGGACAUUACUCUAGUGGAUUUGGUACUAGAUAUUUUAAGCCAGAAGACUUAUUAGAAGAUUUUUUUUUUUAUAAAUAUUUUAGUGGCUCGCAGAAUUAUUGUACCAAGAGAAGAGUUAAGAAAACUGUUAAUCGUCCGAUGGCAGGAACUGGUGGUGGUUCUGAUGCUGAUGGUGUUGGUUUAAAUAAUUUAGCCGCCAUGCAAGAUCACAGCUCGGAUAAAUAUUUUUCAAAAAGUGAAAAACAGCAGCAACAAAAAGAAACGAUGGUUUGCUUUAACUGCGGAUUGCGUUGGCACAUCAAGGUACGCUGCCCUGCUGAAGGUAAAACGUGUUUGAAAUGCGGAGAACAAAAUCAUUUCGCGCGUGUCUGUCGUUCAACUGAGAAAACUCUGGGUAGUGUCACAAUGAAGAAGAAUGCCGCGACUGCUGGUAGUCCUGCGUCAAAGCCCAAGAAAAUGAAGGAAAAUUCGCCGAUCAAAGCUCCUGGUGCUGAAAAAUCUGCUGGAACUGCAGAUACUAAAAAUUUAAAAACUUCAACGAAAACAAGUGAAUCUCAGCUGCAUGCUAAUAAAUUAAACGUUAAGCACGAGAACAAAGAACUGAACAACAACGACAGCAAAAUGGCGCCCAAAGAAAACGCCGCGCAAUCAAAGACGGCAACAGAAAAUAUGCCUGCGAAAUCAGAUCAUGAAUCUGAUGAUAAUUUAAAAUAUGAAAAGCAUCAACAAUUAAUGAAAGAGAAGAAAGAUGAGGCGAAUACUUUGUACAAACAAAAGAAAUACAAACUCGCUUUGUCUCAAUACACUAGACUCAUUGAGCUUUGUCCAUCGGAACUAAACUACGGUAAUCGUGCCGCCUGCUACAUUAUGAUGGAACGUUACGAAGAUGCUUUAGUUGAUGCAAAAAAAUCCGUCGAGCUCAACUCGUCAUAUAUUAAAGGAUAUGAGAGAACGAUUAGAUGCCUAAUAGAGUUAGGCCACAUGAUUGAUGUUAACAUUUGGGUCGUAAAACUUGAAUCUGUUGAUCAGAAAAACGAACGACUGGUUAUCGAACGAGAAAAAAUUAAUGACGUCACUCGGUACUUGAAAAAAAUUGAUGACAAGUUUUCUGAAAAAAAUUACACUGAGGCUGCGAAGUACUUGGACAAAUUGAUAAAAAUAAGUUCCCAAUGUGUGAGCUACAAAAUAAAAAAAGCCGAGUGUUUGGCGUUAAUGGAAAAAUUCAAAGAAGCUAAGACACUUAUCAACGACGUACUCAAGUACAAUAGAUCAAAUCCCGACGCGGUAUACAUUCUUGGCCUCUGUUUGUAUCACUUGGAUACUGAUCGAGCUGUUGCGCAACUAAAAGAAGUUCUUCGUUUAGCUCCUGAUCAUUCUGAUGCAUUGAAAUUAUACAAAAAAGCCAAAGUUCUGAUUGACAAAAAAAAUGAAGGCAACAAUGCGUUCGUUCACAAGAAAUAUAUCAAAGCACAUCAUAUAUAUACUGAAGCUUUGGGAAUCGAUCCGAGUAAUCGAGGAAUGAUGAAGAAGUUUUAUUACAAUUUAGCUCAAGCCUCUUACAAGUUGCAGAAAAUUACUAGAUGCAUUGAAGAAUGCACAAAAGCUUUGAAUAUUGAUCCAAAUUACGCCAAAGCUUUACUGAGAAGAGGCCAGUGCCACCUUGAUAACAAAGAUUAUGAAGAAGCGGUCGCUGAUUUAUCGAAGUCGUUGGAUAUUGAUUCUAACUCUGAGUGCCAGAGAUUAUUGGAAACGGCUAGAAAAUUGCUUGUCAAAGCAAAGUCUGACUAUCAUGGAAUAUUAGGAAUUAAAAGUAAUGCUUCACAAGCUGAUAUCAAGAAAGCAUAUCGCGAAAAAGCUCUCCAGCAUCACCCAGAUCGGCAUUCAAAUUCAACGGCUGAAGAAAAAGCACGUAAUGAAAAACAAUUCAAAGAGAUAACGCGCGCGUACAGAUCACUCACCAAUGGUUCUACAUCAAGGAGAGACGAUUCUGAGGAUGAUUGUUCUUACAACUAUUCUUUCGAACGCUACAUGUUCCGAUUCAUGUUUGAAGAAAUGUUCCGUUCACGCGGAAGAUACACACUUUGAAUAUUAAUAUUUUAUUUUAUUUAUCGCACUACUAUUUUAUUUAAAAAUAAUCAAUCGAACGUUUAAAUUUUUAAGGAAAAUAAGUUGAUAAUUACUUUUAAGUUUUUUAAAGCUACAGUAUAUUUUUUCAUAAUUUAGAUAUUUUAAAAUAUCUAAAAUAAUAAAAGUAA